AUGGAUGAUAAUGAACAAUUUGGACGAAAUCAAACUAAAAUUAUUAAAUCAUCAGAUAUUGGACCUGCAACAAUGACUAGUCCAGGUGCCAUUUAUAAGAGUAGACCAUUAAGUCGCAUGAUUCAAUCUGCAAUGUCUUUAAGGAGUUCAAGAAGUCAAUCUAUUGAUCCAUUUUAUUAUUAUCAGAAAAAUACUGAUAAAAGAAAGUUUGAAGAUGAUUCAGUUGAAGACAGUAAUGACAAUGAACAAAUUAUUAAAAGAAGAAAAUUUCUUGAAAAUGAAAAUAGUGAUUACUUUACAAAAGAAAUUGAAUUAGAUAUUAAUAUGAGCUCUAACCAACCUCGUGAUAAAGGAUACGCCACCAAAGAAAUUGAUCUUGAUAUCAAUCAUGCUCUUUAAGUUAUAAUGUUUAAACCAAAUUUUUUUACUUAUUAUGCAGUACUAUAAAUAAAUUUGUAGUUAGUGCAUUAAAUAAAUGAAUUAUAUAGUUUAGAAUUUCUGGAAUAUGAAAAUUGAAAAUUAUAUUUUGUAUCGUCUAACUAAAAAGC